AUCGCGGCAGUGUUGCCAGUUUGUGUAGGAUCAAAACGUGGAGAAGAUACGCAUAAUUUUAUUAUUUUUAUACUAAAUUGUUAUUAUACUGCCCUCUAAUACUUUUGCUAUUUCAUUUAAAUGAUUCUCUAGCUGUUUUAAAGCCUUUCAAAAGCAUUUCCAAUGAUAUAUAAAGAACAAUAAUCGCCGUUCCUACACUCCUUACAGCUUCGUCCAUUUUGUUCGGCACUGUAACUCAACAACAACAAACCGAUGCCGGUCGUCCUGGCUUGAGGAACGCAGAGUGAAUCGAAAACGGAAGCAAUAAGCUUCCCAAAAACCUUUCCCUCAUCAUGGGCGACAAUAACGCGUUCGUGCUGGAUAAUGGUGCAUUCUACGCCAAGCUUGGUUUAUCCGAUGACCCCGAACCGAAAACCAUCCUGAACUGCAUCACAAAAGCCAAAUCCGAACGGAGGCGACCGUUCAUCGGCAACCAGAUCGAAGAGUGCCGCGACGCGUCAGGCCUGUUCUAUAUCCUUUGCUUUCAGCGCGGCUACCUGGUGAACUGGGAUGUGCAGAAAACGGUCUGGGACUACCUUUUCAGCCCGGACUGCUGUCCGGUGCAGUUUGCCGACACGCCGCUCCUCAUCACCGAGCCGCUGUUCAACUUCGGCUCGAUCCAGGAAGCGAUGCUGGAGAUCCUGUACGAAGAGUACGACUGCGAUGCGGUAUGCAAAUCGACGGCCAUCGAUUUGGCGGCGUUCAACUACACGCACAGCGAGCAAACGGAACAGCCGGAGGGCAAACGGCCACUCGCCUGCGUGGUGGUGGAGAUGGGCUUCAGCUUCACGCACGUGGUGCCGUUCGUGAAGGGCUGCAAGGUGCGGGAAGCGAUUCGGCGCAUCGACGUCGGCGGGAAGGUGCUGACGAACCAUCUGAAGGAAAUCAUCUCCUACCGGCAGCUGAACGUGAUGGACGAAUCGUACGUGAUCAAUCAGGUGAAGGAGGACAGCUGCUUUGUGUCGCAGAACUUCAACGAGGACAUGCGGAUAGCGCGCAAACGCAUCCCGGACAAUACGAUCCUGCGGGAGUACGUGCUGCCGGACUACACGCAGAUACGGCGCGGAUUUUUACGCAAACCGAACGAAUCGGGUGGGGCGGGCGAUGGUGGAGAGGAGCUACAGACGGUGCGGCUCGGUAACGAGCGGUUCGUUAUACCGGAGAUACUGUUCCACCCGUCGGACGUCGGGAUACAGCAGAUGGGUGUACCGGAAGCGAUCGUGGAUGCGAUUAAUCUGUGCCCGGAGGAGACACGGCCGCAUCUGUUCGCGAACAUUGUCGUGUGUGGUGGAUGUGCCCUGUUUCCCGGCAUGCAGUCGCGCGUGGAACGGGACGUCCGGGCGCUGGCACCGGAUGAGUACGACGUUAAUGUGACGGUUCCGGAAAAUCCAAUCACGUACGCCUGGCAUGGUGGUAAGAAGUAUUCCCAGUCGCUCAGCUUCAUGAAAUCGUGCAUGAGCCGCAACGAGUACGAAGAGUACGGCACUCGGCAUCUGGUGGAGAAGUACGAGAGCUAGCAGCGGCGUAGAAAGGCGAAAUGCCGCAGGCAGGACGAUAUUUCAGGAUAACAUCCAGCGCGCAUUUCCCGCCCUACCGCAUCGAUGUUCGCAUGGGCGACUAUGAUCAACUUCAACAUUAUUCCAACAUCGACGGGAUGUUACACACACGAGAUGAGGGAUGAGUAGCAGUAAUACGGAUGUGUGUUACUCUAUACAGGAAGAUGUGGAGCCUGUAUCAGGAUUGGUCACGUUUUUCGUCACAAACUAAAAUACACACUUUCAAUUUUCUACUAAA